AUGUAUUCUAAAAGUUUAAUAGCAAUUAGCAUAUUUUUGCUAUGCUUAUUUUACCACGCUAAUUCACAAGACGGUAUUCUAAGUAAUGGUGUUAAUGGAGGGAUCAACUGUGCAACAUGUACCAUUGUUGUUGGUCUUAUAGAGAAAUUAACCGUCGUUCAUAAUGAAUCGGUUGUCUCGUCUAUUGAACGUUUAUGCAAUUAUUUACCAACACAAUUAAGAUCAUACUGUAAAAUUGCUGUUGAGUUCUUAGGACCAGUAUUAAUCGAUGGUUUGGAAGCUAAAGAAACACCUGAUGUUAUUUGUCAUUCACUUAAAUUUUGUACAAAUGAUCCUAAUCAGCCUCAGUGUCAUCUAUCUCCCCCACCAACAGGAUUUAGUCAACGUGCACAACUCUUAAGAAGUCGUCAUUCAGAACGUAUCGCUGUUGUUGAUCAUUACGAUGUGAAACAAGUAGCUACUGGUCGUUCAAUAUUAACAUUGUUAUCGGAUAUUUGUCAAUAUCCUGGCAUUAGUGAAAUAUGUAAAUUAAUCGAAAACGUGUUUAAUAACCAUAAACCAUUAAUAGAUAUGGAUAAUGAUAUGUUCGGUGUUGAAAGUUCACUGAGAGGAAGUGCAUGGCGUGGAAAAGACUGCAAUGAUUUUUCAGCAUCUGCACGCCCAGGCGCGAAAGCAUCUAAUGAUGACGCAACGCUAGAUCAUAACUGCAAUGGAAUAUUGGGCAUUAAUUCUGACAGUGGCCGAGCUUAUGAAAAAGAUUAUUGUAAUGAAACAAAUCGUAUGGGCAUUGCUGUAUUAGGUGAUUCAAUUUCAGCACAUUUUCACAUACCAGAAGAAUGGUUGGAUGCAUCAAUGUUUAGCAAACCUGUUUUUGAACAUAUGUGGUAUAUAUUGGAAAAUGAAUUAGAUUGGCCACAAUUAUCAGCAACUACUGGUCAUAUCAACAUAACCUGGCCAAAUAUUGCAGGUAAAACACGAUCGAUCUACCAGCGUCUAUUCGAAAGAGAUCAUUGUAAUCAUCGGGAUUAUCAAAAUAUUGCUGUCAAUGGUGCAAGAAGUGGAAGUAUGAUCGACAUAUCCAAAUCCUUGACAAGAGAUCAAAUAAAUGAUGCACCAUUACUUGUUAUCUAUUCACUUGUUGGUAAUGAUGUUUGUAAUGGACACCCGGAUACUAUUGAUCAUAUGACAAAACCCGAUGAAAUGAAAGCAAAUGUAUUAAAAACAUUAGCAUAUUUGGACACCACACUUCCCAAAGGAUCACAUGUAUUAACGACAGGACUUGCAAAUGGUAGCUUACUCUAUGAUUUAUUACACGAUAGAGUCCAUCCAUAUGGACGUGUUGGCUAUCCAGUUACCUAUCGCGAAGUAUAUGAUUAUUUAUCAUGUCUACAAAUAUCACCAUGCAAUGGUUGGCUAUCAUCCAACGGUACACUACGAGAUCUAACAACUCAACGAGCAGUUGAUUUAUCGGAAGCUGUUAAAGAGGCCACUAUGUCUUAUACAGCAAAAAAUUUUGAUUCAGAUUAUUUAGAUUUUCCAUUUGAAACUGUAUUGAAUGAAUGGACAAGUCAAGGUGGUGAAGCAUGGCAAUUGAUCGAAGCUGUCGAUGGAUUUCAUAUCAAUCAAUAUGGUCAUGCAACUGUAUCAGAUGUCUUUUGGAAUUGGUUAAAUACUGUUCAUCCACAAUGGUUAUCAAAACAAAAUCCGUAUAAUCAACAGAUCGAAACAAUAUUUAAAGAUCAAGUUAACGCACAAAUAUUAAAGAAUGGCAUAAAUAAAACAGUUACCCAAGCAAAAGAAAAAAUCGAUAAGCUAGCUCAACCUAGGAGUCCAACUCUUACGUAUACUAUCCAGACUAAUCCGCACAUCAUGACAGAAGAAGAAUCAAAUAAUAACAGUGAACUAUUGUCGAUUGACACUCAAGUGAAACAACUUCGUACACUGUUAAAAUCAGAUAAACAUGUUCUAAUUCAAGAAUCUGGCGAUUUUACAUUAUUCUCCAUUAAACUUAAUCAUGGUCUGAACCUUCAAUUUUUAUUUGAUCCACUGUGUGAUCAAAAAGUAUUAACAAAAUCAAAUAUUUACGAUUUACGUUUGACAAAAACAAACAGUUGUACGUUUUCCAACGAGAUAUGGUUGGAAAUAAAAGCCUAUUUCGAGAAUGAACUAAAACAAAAUCAAUUCACUAUCUAUGAUUUAGUUCAAAGAUUGCAAGAUAAAAUUUUGGUUCAAGUACCAACAGACAUGAUUAAGCCAGAUAAACCCAAUACUUCAUCAUCUCAUCAACAACAAGAAGAGACAACACCAACAAAAUUCAGAGGAGCUGAUGCAAUAUUUAAUAGAUUGUUAUGGGAUAAAACAAUAGAUCAAACAAAAAUUAUGAUUGGAUAUGAAGAUAGAUUUAACGGUAUUCAAGAAAUUACAUUUAGUCAAUGGAAAAAAGGACACGAUCGUGGAUCUGGUGUACCGAUGCAUAGAGUAAGAUACUACAAAAUUAAUGGACAAAUUGUAUGGGAUAGAAUGAAAAAAGUUGACAUAUUAACAAGAUUGGAGGCAAUACAAACAACAGUAGAAGAUGAUCAACAAAAAAGCUUACAGACAGUAACAAAUACUUUAACCAUACUGAAUGAAGGUGUCUAUAAAUAUGAUGUAGAAAAGGCACAAUGGAUUAUCUGUUCUACACAAACAUUAUUGAAACCAAUGAAUGAAAAUGACCAUGAUAUUAUUAUACCAUCUGAAAGUUUAUUGCCUGAUCGUUGCCAUUUUUUAACAUGGAAUAUUCUGUCCAAUUAUUAUCAUGAAGCCGAAAUCUAUAGUGAAAAACGUUAUUGUUACAUACUAAAUGCUUUGAGAACGUUAUCGCCGGAUAUUGUCUGUUUACAAGAAGUGACAUAUGACUUUUUAGGAUUAUUAUUAAAUGAAGUAUGGUUAAAAAAUGAAAAUUAUUACAUUUCUAUCACGAAAAAUGUUCUAAUGAGUCAAGAUUCAAAAUAUAAACAACAAAAUUAUUAUGGACAACUUUUAUUAUCAAAAAAUAUUCGCCCGUAUUCUGUACAAUUUUUACCGUUGUCAAUAACCGAAGGAAAAGAAGAACAGAUCACAAAUUCACUAGAGAUGGAGAUGACAAAAGAAGUUAUUUUAGCUCGAUUUGGUUUGAAAUCAUCUACAAACAAUACCAUAGAUAUUGUUAAUUUACAUUUGCACAAUAAUGGUCUCAAUAGUUUAGAUGAUAAAUGUUGUAAUUCCUUAAAAAAUUUAUUAACAACAUUAAAAGUUCUCAGUGAUAGUUUUCUAUUAAUGGGUGAUUUUAAUUUUGGAGAUAAUGAUAUGAAAGAGCAAGACUUGUUGAGUAAUCAAAUGUUAAAUGAUUUAUGGAAAGAUGUUUAUGAUUUAGACGAGAAUCCUGGUUAUACAUUCGAUCCAUCUCGUAAUUUAUGCGCAAAAAUUACAUCUCAUACAAUGAUUAAUCGUCGUGAAGAUCGUUAUUUAUUAAAAACAAAAUUAAACUAUGACAUUGAACAUUUAAAUAUGAUCGGCUUUGAAACAUAUGUUGUCAAUAGAGAAGAUGAUGUUUAUUUAAAUCCAUCCGAUCAUUAUGGUCUUCAAUGUAUUUUACAUUUGAAAGGUCGAAAAAUAAGUUCAAAAUCAGCAAUUGUUAUUAUUCCACCCCAUCAUACGUGGAAUGAAAUUCAAUGGAUAAGAGAAAUGUACGAUCCUUUAUAUGCACAAUGGCCACCUACUAUCAACCUUGUCUAUCCCUAUUAUGAAGAAUUUGAUGAAAAAUUAUUACUUGAAUUAAGACUCUUGUUAACAAAACAAGAACCGUUUCAAAUUGAUAUAAAUGGACUUGAUUGUUUUCAAGAGCAAAACAUUAUUUACAUGAAAUUAGCUGAUAAAUCAAAAGAACUUGUUCAAAAUAUUCAUGAACAACUUAAACAGAUAUAUCCAGAUUGUUGUAAAAAAAUGAAUAAAGAAAAUGAUGGAAAAUAUACACCACAUCUCACUGUUGCACGAUGUAAACAAAGUACCAUACAAAAGAAUGAUAAUAAUAGAGACAAUUCGGCUCUAGUUUUGAAUGAUCAAAUUCAUUUUUUGGUAAAUAGUGUUUAUCUAAUACGUCAAACUGAUGAUACUCCAUUUCAUAUUGAAUAUCAAAUACCGCUUGGAUCUACACUUGAACGUUUAAAUUAUUAUCAAUUAAAUUGUGAUAUUAGUUUACGUGAAUUUUUUCACUCAGAAAAUUUAUAUGAAAGUGAAAUUUCAUUUGGAAUGAAAUUAGAAAAAUUUCAACGUUUAAAUAAGUGUUUUAAACAAAUAUUUUCUGAUGUAACAUUAGAACGUUAUAAAAGCGAUUAUUAUCCCUACGGUAGCUUUCGAAUUGGUUUAAAUGCAGCUGAUUUAGAUACCGUGUUUGUUUUACGUGAAUAUCAACCAUAUGACAAGACAAGAGUAACAAAUCUUGAUCGGAUAAUUGCGAAUGAACAACAAAUAGAUUCAAAAUUGUACAUAUUACAAAUGCUUGAACAACAAAUACAAACAAUGGACGAUGUUAUUGAAUGUAGACAUAUUCAAGCAAUGUAUCCGUUAAUCUCGAUAUUGUUUAAAGAUAAUACACGAGCAGAACUAUUUCUCGAUAUUAAAGAAAAGCCAGUGUUGAACAAUCAAUUAUUGAAGAAUAAUGGUCUCAUGUAUUUUGAAGAUCCUGUACAUGGGGUUCAUGAUAUUGAACGAUUAUUAUCUUAUGUACGUUGCCCAUACAUAUUUCAAUAUUUGUUAACCUUUGUUCGUCAAUGGUCACAAUCUGUUGGCUUGUACGGUCAAGUUUAUGGUUAUUUGGGCGGUUAUUCGUAUGCUGUUUUGGUUGCUAUUGUUUGUCAUGAAUAUUUUGAUGAGUCUCGUCAUUGUAUUCAAUCAUUGUCUGAUUUAGAAAAUUUUACAUUGGAGAACUUUUUUGAUCUUGUACGAUAUUUCUUUGAUUAUUAUUCCAAAUUUGAUUGGUCAUACGAGAGUGUACAACUUUAUUCUAAACGUAAAACAUAUUAUCGUCGUGAUACAACAUUAAAUAAUUUGGAUAUUAAUUCUAGAGGUGCAAUGAAAAUUUUAUAUCCGGCAUCACCAUUAAUGAAUACCGCACGUAAUACAACAAAAACUACACGUGAUCUCAUCGUUGAAGGUAUGUAG